AGUUGAGCAAAAAAUACCCAUGGCGUCAUUUGGCUUACACGAGUAAAACCCUAUUUCUUUAAUUCUAUUCUCGUCAAAAGUAAACAAUGGAGAAGAAGAAAAAAUUAAUGCCUGCUUCCACACGGAUUCGAACCAUGGAUCGCCUCAUGACCCUGGACAACAAAGUUAUACAAGUGAGGUGCCUUACCAACUUGGCCAUAGAAGCUUGUUUUAUGCCAAAAUCGAAUUCCGCUUUGUCCGGUGUGUGGGUGUUUUGGGAGUGAAAUUUGGGCUAUUUUUGGGCAAUUUCAUCAGAAUGGAAAGAUAGAAAGGAAAUUAUAGCACGGCCGUAAUCCCGGUACUUGUUCCUAUGGAAUCCAGCUGGAAAGUUCAUUGAAAUGAGGUUGUUUUAAUUUUUUGGUCACACCAAGGCCUGUCGAUAUUUCGAUCUGGUCUAGGCCAGAAUAAUAAAAUAACAGUAUAAAGUAUGUUCUCACAAAUGCAUCCUAUAUAUUAUUCUCAUAUAAAUAGAC